AUGUCAUCGUCAAUUACUUCUUCUUCUGAUCCAAAACGUCCCAACGCAGCUGUUCCAUAUCAUUCACCAAUAAAAGAUAUUGAUGAAAUUGAUCGUGAUAUCUAUGGAAUUACAUCACUUUUAUUAAGUACAAUUGGACUUGUAUUAAAAAUAAAAUUUGCAUCUUGGACAGCAUUGAUGUUUGCUGUAGUUUCAGUGACCAAUGAGAAAAUAUCAGAUCAAGAUCCAAAUAGUGGAAGGACAUCCGGAUUCACUGGUCUUUUGUAA